CCCGGCGAGGGGGUUGUGGGCGAAAAUGCCUCCCCGAGGCUCUUCCCGAAGCCUCUCCUUCCGCCGGCUCUGGCGCGGAAACUGGGGAGAAUCGGGGAAAACGGGAACGCGACGCCCACGCGCGGCGUCCCUCUCUCCGCAGCCAAGUUUUCAGAUCCCCGCAGCUCCGUGUUUGUGUUAAUGUGCCGAGGGAAGGCCAUGCGGGAUUUUAAAGGUCCGGAUUGUCGAUUUGUAAAUUUUAAGAAGGGAGAAGCUGUAUAUGUGUAUUAUAAACUAAUAGGAGAAUCAACUGAGCUUUGGGCUGGAAGCGUUGGAAGUGAUUUUGGAUAUUUUCCAAAGGAUUUACUUGAAAUAAAUCAUAACUAUUCCAAUGAGGAGCUAGAAUUACCAACAGACGAAACAGACUUUGUUUGCUUUGAUGGAGGAAGGGAUGACUUUGAUAACUAUAACGUGGAUGAACUUCUGAAAUCAUUGCAAGAGACAAUAGCAAAUGAAGGGGAAACUGAAUCGAGUGGUCCAGGGACAAAACCAGCAGAAGGAAUUGGGAAGGAUAAGGAGGCUGAACAGACUGAUAGAGGAAAGUCCCUUGGUGCUUUGGAGACAGACAAUCUAGAGCGAAGUGCUGAAGAAGAAAAGGAAAACCUUGUCUUGACAGACAAAGUUGACAAUUCUCUUACAGAAGGAACUGAAAAUACUGGGGGAGACCCCAGUGUCAAUAGUCACAAAGAAAACUCUCAGGGAGAUCAAAUUGCACAUGAGCACUUGAAAGGAAUGCUACAUGGGAAAUUAAAAGGGCUAGAGAGUGAAAAUACCAAAAACACUAGUAUUCCUCAGGGUGAAACCAGCCAACUUGACCAAGAGAAUGAAGAAGUCGAUGCCUAUACACUUUUAAACAGAGAGCUCUCUGUGAACUUAAAAACAAAAUUUGGCUCAACUGCUGAUGCUAUUGUAUCAGAUGAUGAAGUGACUCACCUUGUCACAUCACUGGAAGAUGAUUUAAAUGAAGAUUUGAGCAUUAAUCCUCACAAUGAAGAGGAGGAGCCAGAGUUGGCAGAUCAGUCUGCAGAAAUCCCUUUGCUGUCUUUUACAGCAGAGGAUGAAAUUACAUCCCCUGUGGAUUUAGAAGAUGAUGGAAACUAUGACAUCGAGUCCCAAAAUCACGAACCUGAUGAAGAUGCAAAGGGUGCUACAAAGCUAAAUAACCAAAGAGACACUAGAGAGGAACACAAUUCAGAUGUGUUAAUUCUUAAGGAUGCCUUCAGUAAGAGAAAGAAGUCAGGUGACAGUGUGGGUGGCAGUGUAAGUGUAGACAGGUCUGAAUCAAAACAAACAGAAGAGAAACAGGAUGAGGUGGUGCUAAUUAGUAAAAGAGAAGCACUAGCAGCAACUCAGCCUGAGGAUCUCUCCAAAGAACCCCUUGGAAAGGAACCUGUGGGUACAGGUGAUCUGGGUUCAGAAGAAAAAGCCAACAAAACUGAACAAUUGGAAGAGCAGCUCACUGAUGGAACACAGUCACAUUCUGCAGCACUGAAAGGUACAGCUGUGCCUGAUCGUCACACUUUGCCUAGUCCAGGCAAUGCUCUGGAGUCCAAAUCAUUUCUUAAAAACAAGGAAGAUGCUUCAGAAGCAUCUGAUGAUGAUAUCAACAGAAGUCCUGAAAGAGUCCCACUUGCUCCAAUAGAGAAAACGGAUAAAGAGUUUGAGGGUGAUACCUUGGAGGAGUCCUUGGAAAGUGAUUUAAAGCAUAAAAGAUCAUGGGAGAAAACGAUGGAGAAGGGAGAAGCUGAGAACAAGCCUCCAGUUGAUGUUCCAAUCAAACCAGUGGAAGAGGUAAAAAGUGCAUCUCAAGGUGACCUAGGGGAUACUGACAUCUUAAGACAGAAAGUGGAGCGUGGAAUGCCCAUUGUGGAGAAAGAACUUCUCAGACAUGAAGAUUUAAAACAAGAAGUUAAAAUUUAUCAUGAAAAUAAAAAUCCUGCCUCUUCUAACAAAGAACUGGAAAUAAAAAAGAGAAACAUGGAAGAAACCCCUGCCAGUGAAGAAGACUCAAGCCAUAGUGGAGCUGUUGAGCAACCUAGGCCAUGGGAAAACGAGACUGAGUAUUCAGAGGCAGAUAUGAAUGAAAAACUUUCAAGAAAUCCUGGCAAGAUGCCAGCUUUUAAAGAAAGCACUGAGAAAAGUUCCCCUGAAGAAAUAUCAAAAAGCACCACGCAGAACACUAAUACAGAGAAUCUUACUUGGCAAGCAGCUGCUCAUUCUGAGGAUGCAGGAACAGACAGAAAUCUUGGCAAAGAUUUGGCUAAAGAAACAACACAAAGAGCAGAAUUGCAAUCUGAGAAGCCAGAUGCUGAAGAUGACCCUGACCUAAAACAAGCAGAUGAUGAGCUAUUGGAAGAUGAGAAUGCAGCAAGUGCAAAGCUAUCACAAGCAAGGGCUGCAAAUGUCCAGGAUAAUACUCUAGGUAGUGAAAAUACAAAUCCUGAAUUAGAAGGACUAAGUGAAGCUGUUUCAGGAAUCCCAAAUUCUACUUACAAUACAGGAGAGGAAACAAACUCAUUCCCUAAUGAGGAUAAAACAAUCAGCAUGCAAAAUGCAAGCGAGACUGGGAACAAAGAUGUUGAUGUAUCAGUGAGAAAAGAUGCUAAAUUGGAUGAGAUGCAACGUGCCACAGAAGCCCACGAGGAGUCUUCUGAACCUGAGGAGCCAUCAGCUGUGGAAGAACAUAAUUCCCAAUCUCCUCACACGGAAGACAGCAAUGACUUUGACCAAAAGGAAGAUCAUCUCCCAGAGGGCAUUUCACAGAAAGACUCAAAAGAGGUGCAAAAUUUAGAGGAAAUGAGCAAUGACCACCAGCAAUCUGCACAUGUCCCCAGCCCCGCUGACAGCUCAGAAGGCACCAGUGACACGGUAGCAGAUUUCAGUGAGUCUGUGAAGCAGCUCUCCAUAAUGAGAGAUUUCCUGGAUGAAAAGCGCGUGAUGCGCCUGCAGAAGUACCUUGGGCUCCAGCACGUGGUUCGGAUUGAAGCCAUGUUCCACGACAUGAAGGUGGAGAUGGAGCUCGCUCAGAAGGCGAGCCAGAAUAACGAGGAUGCAGAGAAAGCUCUGGAUGAGAUACUGGAGUUUUCAGAAUCGAGCAUUAUGGAUGUUGUAGGAAAAGUUCUGGAUUCCAGGGUGGCAGAAAAUAAGGAGGAGGUGGUGAAGGAGAUGGAUUUGUAUGAUGAGGAGAGUGCACUGAUGGAUGAUAUUCAGGAAUUGAUAUAUUCGUUAAGGAGUAAAUAUUCAUCUGCGGGUGAGAGUGUCCCACUUGCUUCUCCUCCAGAACGGGAAGAUGACCAGCUGCACAUUCAAGACGGUGCAAAAGAGGCAGAAUAUGACAGUGUUUUCACCAGAAACCUGAAUACCUUUGAUGAGGGCAAUCAGGAAUUUCAGCAGCUCGUUGAAGACAAGAUGCCUGAGCAGCCUAUUGAGGAGGAGGAGAGGGCUGUCAGUGUUCCACCUGAGCAUGAAGAGGCCAACUUCUCAGAUAAUGGAGAAGCUGAAGAAGGGUAUGAUAGUGAAAGAGGAUCACCCCUGGAAGAUACUUCCUUUGGGUCAGUUGAUUCAGGAGACAGUGCCAGCGAACACACUGCUGAAGGUGCCGGUGCUGCUGCGGGCGCUGGCGCCCCCUGGCGGGCGGCCCCGGGCGAGGCGCGCGAGCUGCUGCGGCGGUUGGUCGCCACGCUGCCUGAGGAAAUGCGUCCUGGGCCUGAUUUCCAUGGACUUCCAUGGGAGCCUGUCAUUAUUACUGCCUUAGUGGGAAUUGUCACACUUGCUGUAUUUUUCUGGAGAACCUGCCUUUCAGUAAAGAGUAGAAUAUAUCAAGUGACUGAAAAACAACUUGCUGAAAAGAUUAAAAACCUUCUGCAAGAAAAAACAGAAAUCUUAGAAAAGUUGUCAGAAUAUGAUCAAAAGAUAAAGGAAGCAAAGGAAUCUGUGAAAGAGGCCCAAGAACAAAAAGACAUUCUCUCAGAUGAAACUGCAGGGCUUAAGGACACUGUCAAAGAAUUGGAAGAAGCAAAUCAGCAGCUAGAUAAAAAAGUGAAAAAUCUGCACACCAUGCUUGAAACAGAGAGAAAAAAGAAUGAGAAGAAACAGAACAAGCUCUCUGAAACCCAGAAGUCCUUGGAGAAGCUUCAGGAAGCUAUUACUGUGCAUUCUGCAGAGCUUUCAGAGGUGCAGAUAGCCCUUAAUGAAGCUAAACUGAGUGAAGAGAAGGUGAAAUCUGAGCUUCAUCAUGUGCAGGAAGAGAAUGCUAGACUGAAAAAGAGCAAGGAGCAGCUGCUGAAAGAAGCUGAAGGCUGGAGUGAGAGGCAUUCUGAGCUCUGUGAGCAGAUUCAACUGUAUCAGAAAUCUCAGAAAGACAUAGAAGAGACACUUGCCUACAAAGAAAAUGAAAUUGAAGUUUUAACCAAUUGCAUUAUGCAGCUGAAGCAGCUGGACAUGGAUUCAGAGGCCAAGAAGGAUGACAGAGGGCAUGAGUGGAGCCCAGGAGAUGAUCUGGCCAAUGGAGAGUUGCCAGAUAUUGAGAGUGAGAAGACGAAGACUCAGAUUAAGCAGAUGAUGGAUGUCUCCAGGGUCAAAACGAUGUUAUCCAUAGUUGAAGAAGACAGAAAUCUUCUGCAAUCCAAAUUGAAUGAUGAAGUAACAGCAAGACACGAGCUGGAAGAGAAGAUAAAAACAUUGGAACAUGAUUCCUCUUCACUGCAGUCAGCCAAAACUCAACUGGAAAAUGAAUGCAAAACUCUUCAGCAGAAAGUGGAGAUCCUUGGUGAGCUGUACCAGCAGAAGGAGAUGGCACUCCAGAAAAAACUAACCCAGGAAGAGUAUGAGCGUCAGGAGAAGGAGCAGAAAUUGUGUGCUGCAGAUGAAAAAGCUGUGCUGGCCAUCAAUGAAGUGAAAGUUUACAAGCAAAGGAUCCAAGAUAUGGAAGAAGAAUUGCAAAAAACAGAGAGAUCUUACAAAAACCAGAUUGCUGCUCAUGAGAAAAAGGCACAUGACAACUGGCUCAUUGCCCGCUCGGCUGAGAGAGCUCUGGCUGAAGAGAAAAGAGAAGCAGCCAACCUGAGACAGAAAUUAAUAGAAGUAAAUCAAAAAAUCAUCAUGCUUCAAAGACCUGUCAUUGUAAAGCCAACUCCUGGCAGACCUGACCGCCCGAUCCCACCACGACGAGGGCCCUUAAGCAGAGAUGGCUCUUCUGGCCCAUCACCCGUGAGUGGAGGAAAUCCAUCCCCCACACAGAUGAUUGAUGUUCCUGCCCGGCCCCUCUCUGCUCCUCGAAGGGAAGGUGUGAGGGGUGAAUUUGGUACAAUGGUGGAUGGCCCCCCUGCCCCACGAAGGCCUCCAGAGCUACCUGGGAGGAUGUCUGUUCCUGAUAUUGGGCCUGCUGUGGCAUCCCUGAUCAGCAGUGAGCCAAGAACCUCCUCCCCUUCCACAGCAAUGGAUGGAGUGCAACCCUCUCCCAAAGAGUCUGAAGCCCCCAGUGUUACUACAGAUUCACCUUCCUCCAUGGAACCAGCUGCAGGUAACGCUGGUGCCAAAGGCCCCUCUCCUUUCCCUGGGCCACCUCUGCUGAACUCCCCCGUGCUGGGGCCGCCGCCGCCCAUCCGCUACGGACCGCCGGGACCGCCAGCACCGCCUCUGCGGGGGCACUUCGGGCCUCGGCCCCUCCCUGGGCCCCAAGGCUGUGGUCCUCCCUUGCCACCUCCAGCUGGAAGAGAUUUCUUACCUAGUCCACGUUUAGGAAUGAGAGAUCUGCCUCCUGGCCCACUCCUGCCUCCCCCCGACCCCAGAGGCUACGCACGUGGGCAUCCUCCCUUCCACCCCCUCGGCCCUCCUGGCCCUCCAGGCCCUCGGCUACCCCCGCCACCACCCCCGCAGGCUCCCAGGGACUAUGCUCCUCCUCCCAACAGAGACUUGCCUCCGCCGGCACCCCGGGAAUGAGGGCAGCCGGCCCAAGGACUACGCACAGCCCCGGCGCAGGAUCUCUGCCUGCAGCUCCACGGACCCGGCUCCCACCUGCACAACUCUAGCAAAUGGCUCUUGGUUUGAAGACAUUGGUCUCAUUUCAGUAUAUCUCAGCUUUUGCAGGAUUAAUUUUUAUCCAGUUGCUACAGACAUCUUAUAUGCAUUUAUGAUCACAGACUCAUCCAUCCACUUGGGCUGCAAGAACCUUUCUGUGAUGGACUUGAACCUACUCUAAAAGUGCAAUAGGAAGGAAGUACCUGUGUGGAGAGUUUUAACUCAAUGUAGCCUUUGUAACCAGUUGGUGAAUGAACUAAUUUCUUUAAAAAUGUAAAUCAAAUCAUUUCCUGUGGAAAUAAUUUUUUAAGUAAAAUGCUAUCCAACCUGCCUUCUCCAUCACAUCAUUGAACUGCAGUUACUGUAGGCCAGGGGUUUACAUGAGGACUCUGAGGUUCUGGGGUUUUUUAAAAAGAUGUCUGGUCAGAGAUCAGAAGCACAAAUGACACUGUAUUCAAAGGAAAGUUAUAAUAAAAAGCAAAAUUUCUUUUGCUAAACCCCAAAGGCUUUGUUUCAGUGCCAUGUUUUGUUCAGUAAUGUGACAGAGAAUGCUACAGUUCUGAGAACAGGAAUUGAAUCAAGGCCAAAUUAAUGCUGCUGCAAGGGUAAUGACCACGUUACCCUUAUGCUGAUCUACUCUGACACAAUAUGGACUUGCUUCAUGUAAUGAGGACCCUGAGGAAUACAGCUUCCAGAGCUGGAAACUGAUGAAGUUGUGGAGUUGACCUGUGUUUCCACAGUGCCUCUCCACUAGAAAAACUGGGUUGCUUUUUGCUUUCAAGAGUACCUUGCAGCAUCAAGUGAUGUUUGAGAGCUGAGUUUUCAUCUUCCUCAGGGUUAAGAGCAAUUCAGCUUCUUUAAGAGGAAGGCUGGAUUUGGAGAGUCUCUUUUACUUCUAUCAGAAAAGAAAGCAGCUUUCUGUAAAGCAGAGUUGGGUGUAUGUAAACCAUGUAAACAUCUACUGCAGCUACCACCACUAAAUAACUUUCAAAACACACCCUACACUAGCAGUUCAAGUGUUAGUGCAAGCAUUUGGAAUAGGAGGCUUUUGACUGUCUCAGUGAGUGAGGUUUCUCACAAGUGCACUGUCCAAAAGGCAGCCUGAAGGAGGAAAAAAGGAAAACAAUGCAGAAUAAUAAAAAACCCUACUGGGAGGCCAUUACAGCUUUACUGCCAGAGUACAAGCAGGCAUUAAAGUUGCCAUCUAGGUGUUACAGUACAAGUGUAAAGAUUCAGAUUUCAGAUGAAAGACAAGCUGGAACAUCACUGAAGCAUAAAACAAUCCUGAAGCCUGUGGUGUGAGCAGCAGCAGUCCUGGCACUGAGACGGUUCACAGAAAAAAGGCAAGGGAUAGAAGCAACUUUAAAAAUGGUAUUUCACACUCAACGGACAUUAAUUCACAAUCAGUUAAAUACAAAGCUCUACUUGUGUAUUCAACAAAAAUACUUCAAAGUUGACAUUUCAUAUAACUGGCAUUAAUACAGACAUCUACAAGCUGGGGAAGGGUCCAGGUAAGCAGCAGAAACGAUGGUUUGUACUUCAAGGGACAGUAUUUCAGUUUGCAGGGUGGCUGAUGAUACAUACAUUGAUGAAUAUCCAUUAUUAGAAGUCAAGUUCGCCAAGUUCAGGAUCUUUCCUUCCCCAUACAAGCUUUUGUGAUGCUCAGUGUCUCCUCCCUUGCCCAUCCCAGCUAACAGUAACAAAAGUUGGAUGGAAUGUCCGUCUGGAUGCACCAGCAUUCACCUUGGACACACGCACACACACACAACUGCAGUGCUUACCCUGGAUGGCAGAGCUGGACUGAACUCCAGAACCAGCCCUUCCACCUUUCAGGGACACUCAGAUCCUGCAAUUCCUCAGUCAGAACAAGUCCUGAGCCAGCCAGGGACCACUGACAGGUAAAUGGGCCAAGCUCAGAUUUACUUGCAACCACAGACUGAUGCUUUGCUCUGUCCUUUUGCAGAGCUCAGAGGAUGAUUCUUAUUUGGUUUUUAGCAGUGUAGGCUCCUUUAGUCUGGUGUCCAGAAUGCUGCAUUUAGAGGUGUUUCCAUAACUCACAGGGAUAUCGUGAUGGUGACCCAUCAGCUCUAAAACCAGUGGGAUAUGGUAAAGAGCCAUAAACAGGACAAUUCAACUGCCCUUUUUCCCUCCAACCAGCAGUGGAAUUUGAGAAAGCACUGCUGACUUUUGUUGUAACACCUAAAUAAUGUCAUCCCUAGUUAUACCAGAGCAAAGAAAGGCAAGAUGAUUAGGACAUUCAAAACCAGCUUUUUAUCCUAAUCAAUAUGGUAACACCAAAAAUGCUGAACAGCUGAGUGGAGACAGACAAACAGCAUGAGGAAAAGUAACAUCCCUUCCCUUAACACAGGAUGCAACAUCUUGGGAUGAGGCGACAGAAAAGAGGAAUGGAUGCUACACCUGCAUCCAGCCUGUUUAAAGUAAUUGACACUAUUUUGGGAGCUGGGUCUUUAGUUAGCAUAGCAGAGUAUUCAGGCACUAGUUAGAUAUGCAAGAAGUUUAUCAAACCAUAAAGUAUCGUAUUAAAUAUCCACGCAAAUAUAUGAAAGAUUUGACUGGGUUCUACUUCUGUCCCUUUUUCAGGUCAAAAUGUGAAUGCAAGUGUGUCAUAAUAAGCCAAUGUCCUGCAGCUUAUUACACACCAAAUCAAAAAUAUAGAAAAUAAAUGAUAAUCCUAUCUACUUACAUAAAAAGGUAAUUUUUUGAGUAAGUUUCCAGACUUGCACAAAAUAUGCAGAAAACUGCAUACAAUCAGUUUCCAUAAGAACAGCAGUUUCAUGUAAAAGGUGGGUCAGCCUGCUAGCUAGACCUAUUUUAUACAAAGCUCUGGAAAACUGACACUUCAGCACUGAGGGUCUGUCCUGCUGUCACUGAAAUGGCAAAAUGCCCACUGCCACCAGGACAAAGCCCUGGAGAAGGCCUCUCUAUCCCGCACCCACCUUUGCAAACCACUCUGUGACAAGAUACAGAAAAGAAUAGCUCUACUGGGGAGUAACAGUGAGUGAAAGGAUUGUAACAUGCAUCCAAAACUUAGGCAAGGCUGUUAAAUCAUAGUUCAGUGUUCUCAUCUGCAGCUGUCCUCCUCCUGACCUGACCACAGGGACUCGUGGCCGCCCACCUGAUCCGCAUCCUCCGCUCCUUCACUUCAAAGCACUUGCAGUACCUCAAGCUGCUUCCCAGCCCACCUCGUCCUUCUCCCAGUCUUCUGUCACCCUGCCCACUCCAGAGGACUCUGAAAUGCAGAUGAGAGGAACUACAAUAGCACAGCAGUGUAAGCAGUUAGUAGGCCUGCUACAUCUUUAUUGCUGCAGGUUUGGCAAAGGGGCACUCUCCAUCCUCAGGGGGAGCUUGAGGCAAAAGGAGAAGAACGGUUAAAGAUAAAAAGUGAUGAACAGCAAACUUAGGAAAAGCAGUCAACCUAUAUAUCAGGGCUCUUGGAAAAACCUGUAGCUGGAAGUUACUGAAAAAAA